AUGCCACUAUUCACUCCCAGUGGUCGGUCGGUGCGGCAUCUGCCCCUAGUGGGAGACGUCGCCCUGGCAAGGGCAAGGGGGGCAAGGGCACUGGAGGAGCGAGCGGGGCCGAUGGAGGUGGAGGUGGUGGCGGUGGGGGGAGUGGGGGUGGCGGCAGGGGUGGAGGUGGGGGUGGAGGGGUCGGUGGCGGCAGUGGAGGCGGAGGUGGCGGUGGUGGCGGUGGAGGCGGUGGGGGAGGCGGUGGAGGCGGUGGCGGCGGUGGAGCGGCGGUGGCGGAGGCGGGGCGGAGGCGGCAGCAGUAGCGGAGGCGGCGGAGGCGACGGAGGCGGCGGGGGUGGCGGUGGAGCUGGUCGCGGGGCCCUGGCCCUGCCUGUGUGUCCCAGGUAG